AAAAAAAAAGUCGCCACAUUCCAUGAGCAUACCACCCCCACCUACUUGUACAUAUAUGCCAUCAAACUUCCACUUCUCCUUCACACCAAAAAAACAAUAUUCCCUUCUUUAGUUUCCCUCUUAACUAAGUUAACUCAUAAAAAAGAGAGAUACAUAACCAUGAGAACGAUGGUUGAUCUAGGAAAGCAAAGAGAUCGUCACCAUCACCACCACAUGCAAAUUAUAGACACUCCAACCACCGUCGACUGCGCUCGUGAAAUCCGGCUCCGACGAACUCUCCGUUCAUUCAUCGAAUGCAUGCUCCCAUACUGUUGCACUUACCAACAACCUUCUCAUCCAUACCAAAACGACACGGUUUCAGUUUCUUCCUCUUCUUCCUCAUCUUCCUCUUCAGACCACUCCUCCUCCUCUUCCUCUUCCUCCAGCAUCGUUAGUGGAACUUUCUUCGGCCACCGUCGUGGCAGAGUCAGUUUCUGCCUUCAAGAAGCCACCGUGGGGUCUCCGCCGCUUCUCCUCCUUGAGCUAGCUGUUCCCACGGCGGCUCUAGCCAAGGAGAUGGAUCAAGAAGGUGUUCUACGCAUAGCCCUCGAGUGUGACCGUCGUCAGAGUCGUUCUUCCUCGAUCUUUGAUGUUCCUGUGUGGUCUAUGUACUGCAACGGAAGGAAGAUGGGGUUUGCUGUGAGGAGAAAGGUGACGGAGAACGAUGCCGUUUUGUUGAGGAUGAUGCAGUCUGUUUCAGUGGGAGCUGGAGUUUUGCCGUUGGAUGAGGAGGAGCAGACGCUUUACUUGAGAGCCAGGUUUGAGCGAGUCACUGGGUCCAGUGACUCGGAAUCGUUUCAUAUGAUGAAUCCUGGUGGUAGUUAUGGACAGGAGCUUAGUAUAUUUCUUUUGAGAUCUUGAGAUAAUAUUGAGUAUAGUGUGGUUAUAUUAUAUUAAGAUUCUUGUCAGCUUUUGUGUUUCUUUUUUUUUUCUAGUUCAUGUACAUUGUAAAGUAAAUUACCGAAAGACUAAUAUGUAUAUGCAAAUUAUCAUUGUCAUAUGGAUUUUUUAGUCUUAAAAUAUAUAAUGAGGUUCUUGAGAUAAA